AUGCCAGCCAUCCUGGUAGCCUCCAAAAUGAAAUCGGGACUACCUAAACCCGUGCACAGCGCUGCUCCUAUCCUGCAUGUCCCAACGGCCAGGACCAUCCCACAGCCCUGUUACCUGAAGUUUGGGAGCAAGGUGGAGGUGACGAAGCCAUUGUAUUCCAGCCAGAUUCCUCUCAAAUCUUCAAAUGGACAAGAGAAUGCAGGAGAUGGACUCCCACCAAGGAAGAGUAGCUCGACAGAAAAUGGAUUUGACACACAGAUUUAUACGGAUUGGGCUAAUCACUAUCUGGCAAAAUCUGGUCACAAGAGACUGAUAAAGGAUCUACAGCAAGAUGUGACUGAUGGAGUCUUGUUAGCUGAAAUAAUACAGGUUGUAGCAAAUGAGAAGAUUGAAGACAUCAAUGGCUGCCCAAAAAAUAGGUCUCAAAUGAUUGAAAACAUAGAUGCGUGCCUGAGUUUCUUGGCUGCCAAGGGGAUUAACAUCCAGGGGCUGUCAGCAGAAGAAAUCAGGAAUGGGAAUCUAAAGGCCAUCUUGGGCCUUUUCUUCAGUUUGUCUCGAUACAAGCAACAACAGCAACAGCCACAGAAACAGCAACCACACCACCAUCCACCCCAGCAAGCUCCCCCAGCGUGCCAGCAAGCAGGGCCCCCAUCCCAGUGCCAGGUGGGGGGACCUCAGCAGCAGGUGCCAGCUUCUCUGCAGACUCCGUGCCAACAGCCCCCGCAGCCUGCUCAGCAUCCCUUCAAAGCACAACCAGAAAUGCAGUCAAGACUUCCAGGCCCCACCAUGAGGGUGUCCACUGCAGGCAGUGAGGCCAAAGCUCGUGGUUCUAUCAGUGCCAACAAUCGACGCAGCCAGAGCUUCAACAAUUAUGACAAAUCCAAGCCUGGACUUCCCCCUCCAACACCAACAGGCAGCAAUGACAAAGAGCCUGCAGACAGUACAGCCUCCCAGCCCACAGGAAUGAAUGAAAAUGUCUCAUCCUCAGUUCAAAGCUGCAGCAGCACUGUUAGUUGCAAUAACUCAUCAGCCAUCCCUCAGCCCAGCUCUGCUAUUAAACCUUGGCGCAGCAAGUCCCUCAGUGUUAAGCACACAGCCACGUCUUCCAUGUUAUCCAUGAAGCAGCCGGUACCGGAGCCUCCAAAGCCACCCUCGGACAUCUCCAAAGUAACUCCUAACAGUCAAAAAUCCAUGCUUGAAAAACUAAAGCUCUUCAAUAGCAAAGGAGGAUCCAAAGCAGGAGGGACAACCCUCGAGUGUCCGGAGUCUCGAGAAAACAGUUGUGAAAAGCUGGAAACCCUCCUCAGCCUUGAGGAAAGCGAAGAAAUUGAUGGCACAAAUCAGAAUGUGAACAAUCCGGGAUCCAUGUCCAGUAGUCCCAAAAUUGCACUCAAGGGAAUUGCACAAAGGACUUUUAGCCGGGCUCUAACUACUAAGAAAAGUUCUCCAAAGGGCAAUGAGAAGGAUAAACAGAAAGAGAAAGAAAAGGAUAAGAGCAAAGAUGUUGCAAAGAGAACAUCUGUCACCGAAAAGCUGGACCUGAAAGAGGAACCAAAAGAAGAACAGACAGCACUAGCAACAACAGAGAUGCCAAAAAAGUCCUCCAAGAUCACAAGCUUUAUCCCAAAAGGAGGAAAGCUGAAUAGUGCCAAGAAGGAGGCCUCUGCCCCUUCGCACAGUGGAAUACCAAAACCAGGAAUGAAAAACACCACAGGGAAAUCCUCAAGUGCCCCCGUUCCUGCAAAGGAAGGCGAGAGAAGCCGCAGCGGGAAAGCUGGCUCGGGGCUCUCUCAUCAGAAGUCUCAGCUGGACAGCAGGCAUUCCAGCUCCUCAUCCAGCCUUGCCUCCUCAGAAGGAAAAGGAGUAGGAGGCCUCCACAGCAGCAGCAGCAGCCAAGCUGUCAAUGGACCCGCCACCACAACGCACACCACAGGGAGCAACACUGUGAGUGUCCAGCUACCUCAUCCCCAGCAGCAAUACAGCCACCCCAACACUGCCACCGUAGCUCCCUUCAUGUACAGAUCACAGACAGACAAUGAAGGGAACGUAACAGCCGAGGCCAGCACAGGAGGGGUCAGCAUGGACUCUGCUCUGUACGUCAAAACUGGACAGCCUGCUCUCGAAGACCUCUCAGGAGAAGAUCCGGAAACUCGGCGGUUACGGACUGUGAAAAACAUCGCUGAUCUCCGGCAGAACUUAGAGGAAACCAUGUCCAGCUUACGGGGAACCCAGGUCACUCACAGCACGUUGGAAACCACGUUCGACACCAGCGUCACCACCGAGAUCAGCGGCCGCAGCAUCCUCAGCUUGACGGGACGACCGACCCCCUUGUCCUGGAGACUGGGGCAGUGCAGCCCCCGCCUGCAGGCAGGCGACCCCCGCGGCAGCAGCGGCUGCCACCUGGACAUCUCGGACAAGGGCAGCGGUGAGAUGGAUCUGGAAGGCAUCACCAUGGACGCCACUGGCUACAUGAGCGAUGGGGACGUGCUGGGCAAGAAUAUCAGAGCUGAUGACAUCACCAGUGGGUAUAUGACUGAUGGUGGCCUGGGCCUCUACACUCGCAGGCUGAACCGGCUGCCUGACGGGAUGGCUGCCGUGCGGGAGACCGUGCAGCGCAACACGUCCCUGGGGCUCGGAGAUGCUGACAGCUGGGAUGACAGCAGCUCUGUCAGCAGUGGGAUCAGUGACACCAUAGAUAACCUCAGUACUGAUGACAUUAACACUAGCUCCUCUAUCAGCUCCUACGCCAACACACCUGCCUCCUCCCGCAAAAACUUAGACGCACAGACUGAUGCAGAAAAGCAUUCCCAGGUUGAGCGGAAUUCCCUGUGGUCCGGGGAUGAAGUCAAGAAAUCAGACGGAGGAUCCGACAGCGGCAUAAAAAUGGAGCCAGGAUCUAAAUGGAGGCGGAAUCCCUCUGAUGUGUCGGAUGAAUCUGAUAAAAGCACUUCUGGUAGGAAGAACACUGUUAUUUCACAGACGGGCUCCUGGCGACGGGGCAUGUCAGCUCAGGUUGGCAUUACCACACCAAGGACUAAACCUUCAACCACCUCAGGCACAUUAAAGACACCUGGAACAGGGAAAACUGAUGACGCCAAGGUAUAAGAAAAGGGUAGACUAUCUCCUAAAGCUGGACAUGUUAAACGUUCCCCAUCAGAUGCAGGACGCAGCAGUGGUGAUGAAUCCAAAAAGCUUCCCACAAGUAACUCUAGAACAACUGCUGCUAAUGCUAAUACAUUUGGAUUUAAGAAACAGAGCGGGUCAGCUGUAGGCAUGACUAUAAUCACUGCCAGCGGGGCAACUAUCACCAGUAGAUCGGCCACCCUGGGAAAAAUCCCAAAGUCAUCUGGACUCAUGGGUAGGACCACUGGUCGGAAGACUAGUGUUGAUGGCUCACAGAACCAGGAUGAUGGCUACUUAGCACUUAGCACCCGAACUAAUCUCCAGUAUCGUAGUUUACCCCGGCCCAGUAAAUCCAGUAGCAGAAGUGGAGCUGGGAAUAGAUCUAGCACCAGUAGCAUAGACUCCAACAUAAGCAGCAAGUCAGCCGGGCUGCCUGUCCCUAAAAUGAGAGAGCCUACCAAGGUAAUCCUUGGAAACUCUCUGCCAGGAUUAGUCAAUCAGACUGAUAAAGAGAAAGGGAUUUCGUCUGACAACGAAAGCGUGGCCUCAUGUAAUUCUGUUAAAGUGAACCCUGCAUCACAGACUGCUUCUAGUGGAGCUCAGAGCACUCACCAGCAAGGAGCCAAGUACCCCGAUGUGGCCUCUCCCACUUUGCGCAGACUUUUUGGUGGCAAACCUAGUAAACAAGUUCCCAUCACAACAGCUGAAAAUAUGAAAAAUUCCGUAGUCAUCUCCAAUCCUCAUGCUACUAUGAACCAGCAGGGUAACCUUGAUUCACCAUCUGGCAGUGGGAUGCUGAGCAGUGGGGGCAGCAGUCCUUUGUAUAGUAAAAACACAGAUAUGAACCAAUCUCCACUAGCUUCUAGUCCCAGUUCUGCACAUUCAGCUCCUUCCAACAGUUUGACAUGGGGAACCAACGCGAGUAGCUCGUCUGCUGUUAGCAAGGAUGGCAUUGGAUAUCAGUCUGUCAGCAGUCUCCAUACCAGCUGUGAAUCCAUUGAUAUCUCCCUGAGCAGUGGAGGAGGGCUGAGCCAUAACUCCUCCAGUGGCUUGACUCCCGGCUCUAAAGAUGAUUCUCUGAGUCCCUUUGUCCGAACCAACAGUGUUAAGACAACAUUGUCUGAAAGCCCUCUUUCUUCCCCCGCCGCUAGCCCCAAAUUCUGCCGCAAUACUUUGCCCAGGAGACAGGACAGCGACCCACAUCUUGAUAGGAACACUUUGCCUAAGAAGGGACUCAGGUAUACUCCAUCCUCCCAGCUCCGUAAUCAAGAAGAUGCAAAAGAAUGGCUACGGUCCCAUUCAGCAGGAGGGCUUCAGGAUACUGCUUCCAUUUCUCCAUUUUCAUCUGGAUCCAGCAUCACAUCACCCUCUGGAACUAGAUUUAACUUCUCGCAGCUUGCAAGCCCAACCACUGCAGCCCAGAUGAGCCUGUCAAAUCCCACCAUGCUACGGACCCACAGCCUGUCCAACGCAGACGGGCCCUACGACCCCUACAGCGACACGCGCUUCAGGAACAGCUCCAUGUCCUUGGAUGAGAAAAGCAGGACAAUGAGCCGAUCUGGCUCUUUCCGUGAUGGCUUUGAAGAAGUGCAUGGUUCUUCUCUCUCUUUGGUAUCCAGUACAUCAUCUAUUUAUUCAACACCUGAAGAGAAGUGCCAGUCAGAGAUUCGCAAGCUACGAAGAGAGUUGGAUGCAUCCCAAGAAAAAGUAUCAGCUCUGACAACUCAGUUGACUGCCAAUGCUCACCUGGUGGCAGCAUUUGAGCAGAGCCUGGGGAACAUGACAAUCAGACUGCAGAGCCUGACCAUGACAGCAGAACAAAAGGACUCAGAACUGAACGAGUUAAGGAAGACAAUUGAACUACUGAAGAAGCAAAAUGCUGCUGCCCAGGCUGCCAUCAAUGGAGUCAUCAACACACCAGAGCUCAACUGCAAAGGACCUGGAGCUGCUCAAGCCACCGAUCUGCGGAUCCGAAGGCAACACUCUUCAGACAGUGUCUCCAGUAUCAACAGUGCCACCAGUCACUCCAGUGUGGGAAGCAACAUUGAGAGCGACUCAAAGAAAAAGAAGAGGAAGAACUGGUUACGCAGCUCCUUCAAGCAAGCUUUUGGUAAAAAGAAAUCUCCCAAGUCAGCAUCUUCUCAUUCAGAUAUUGAGGAGAUGACUGAUUCUUCAUUACCUUCUUCACCAAAGCUACCACACCACAACUCUACUGCUGCAACCCCAUUGCUGAGAGCUUCCCAUUCCAAUUCUCUUAUUUCUGAGUGCACUGACAGUGAAGCUGAAACAGUCAUGCAGUUGCGAAAUGAGCUGAGAGACAAGGAGAUGAAGCUGACUGAUAUUCGUCUGGAAGCCCUUAGCUCUGCUCACCAGCUUGACCAGCUGCGCGAGGCCAUGAACAGAAUGCAGAGUGAGAUUGAAAAAUUAAAAGCAGAAAAUGAUCGCCUGAAAUCUGAAAACCACGGGAGCUGUAGCAGGGCUCAGUCUCAGGUUUCCAUCUCAUCUUCUCCAAGACAUUCAGUGGGUCUCUCUCAACACAGUUUGAACCUCACGGAGUCGACCAGUCUCGACAUGCUGUUAGAUGACACUGGAGAUGGCUCAGCCCGGAAAGAGGGAGGCAGACACGUCAAAAUAGUUGUCAACUUUCAGGAUGAGAUAAAAUGGAAGGAGGAUUCGAGGCCUCGCGCCUUCCUCAUAGGCUGCAUCGGAGUCAGUGGCAAGACCAAGUGGGAUGUCCUGGAUGGGGUUGUGAGACGGUUGUUUAAGGAGUACAUCAUCCACGUGGAUCCCAUGAGCCAGCUGGGCCUGAAUUCAGACAGUGUCCUGGGCUACAGCAUUGGAGAAAUCAAACGCACUAACAGCGCGGAGACACCGGAGCUGUUGCCCUGUGGCUAUCUGGUUGGAGAAAACAACACUAUUUCAGUUACCAUCAAAGGUAUCUGUGAGAACAGUCUGGAUGGGCUGGUGUUUGAAUCCCUGAUCCCAAAGCCUAUACUGCAGCGUUAUGUCUCUCUCCUGAUGGAACACAGGCGGAUUAUCUUGUCUGGCCCCAGUGGCACUGGUAAAACAUACCUGGCAAACCGUCUGUCAGAGUACAUGGUCCUCAGAGAGGGCAGGGAGUUGGCCGAGGGCAUUAUUGCAACCUUCAACGUGGACCAUAAAUCCAGUAAGGAGCUCCGCCAAUACCUGUCCAACCUAGCAGACCAGUGUAACAGUGAGAAUAAUGCUGUGGAUAUGCCUCUUGUCAUCAUUUUGGAUAAUCUGCAUCAUGUUAGCUCCCUGGGAGAGAUCUUCAAUGGACUUCUAAACUGCAAAUACCACAAAUGUCCUUAUAUUAUUGGCACAAUGAACCAAGCCACCUCCUCAACACCUAAUCUUCAACUUCACCAUAAUUUCAGAUGGGUGCUAUGUGCUAACCACACUGAGCCAGUCAAAGGCUUCCUUGGCCGUUUCUUGAGAAGAAAACUGAUUGAAACAGAGAUCAGUGGCAGGAUGAGAAAUGCAGAGCUGGUUAAGAUUAUUGAUUGGAUUCCCAAAGUCUGGCAACAUCUGAACAAAUUCUUGGAGGCUCACAGCUCCUCUGAUGUUACUAUUGGUCCACGGCUCUUCCUCUCAUGCCCGAUAGAUGUAGAUGGUUCUAGAGUUUGGUUUACUGACUUGUGGAACUACUCCAUCAUCCCAUAUCUUCUGGAGGCAGUUAGAGAAGGGCUACAGCUGUAUGGGAGGAGAGCACCCUGGGAGGACCCUGCCAAAUGGGUAAUGGACACCUACCCCUGGGCAGCCACCCCACAGCACCACGAGUGGCCUCCUCUGCUCCAGCUGCGGCCUGAAGACGUGGGCUUUGAUGGCUACUCCAUGUCCCGGGAGGGCUCGACCAGCAAACAAGUUCCAGUGAGUGAUGCUGAAGGAGAUCCUUUGAUGAACAUGCUCAUGAGGCUGCAAGAAGCAGCCAACUAUUCGAGCCCGCAGAGCUACGACAGUGACUCCAACAGCAACAGCCACCACGAUGACAUCCUCGAUUCGUCUCUGGAGUCCACGUUGUGAUCUUCCUCGGAUAGAAACAGGUCGUUUCCAUUAUUGCUCUCCCACUUGGCAAGAACCCUGAUCACAGACUCACGAAAAGAACAUGGUCCUGGGCUGGGCUGGGAUCUUAGUAUUAGAGCUGCAAGAACAAUGAGACACUUAGAGUCAGUCUUGAACCUGGGUGCAGGCAACCCAAGCAACCUUUUUAUUGUUUUUCUUUUGACGAUGAUGAGAACUGCACUAUUCCUUUGGUUUCUUCUGUUUAGUUGCUGUAAGCUCUCAUGCCUAAGAUACUGAAGAUGUUGAAAAUAAUCAUCAUUGCUAAAAG